AUGGUAACGCUUCGAAGUAACAAAGAGUACAAUCCAACACGCAAAACUCCAACCAAAAAGGCUGGAAAGACUCCUCGAAAGCCCACUCCAUCCAAGAUCAGCAGUUCCAGCAAAUCAGGUGAGAGCAGUAGAAGCAGGACAUCGCAUCAACACGUGUGGCCAUUGCUCCUAGAGGACAUCGAGGUCAGUGGAGGGAUACAACGACUCGUCUUAGAGGGCGGUCAAUCGCUGGAGAGGCUCCUCAAGGACGUUAUCGCUGCUGACGAGGCCAACCCUACAGGUGGAAACAAGUUGGAACUCUACGGUCGGAAAGGUUCUGCCGAACGAGAAGUAAUUCGCAUGCAAGUGAAUCGUUGGAAGAAACAAGACGCCAAGCAAUACAGAUCAACUCUGGAAAGAUACAACAUCCUGGCAUUUGCAAACCGAACUAUAAAGAUUGAAGACAGCUUGAUAUCGGCACUUUCCACUGAUUACGAAGGAGACGAUUCGGAUUCCUCCCUAGCUUCAUCGCGGCCUCCAACCCUUGCACCUCCACAAACACAACGAAAGACAAAACAACGUCUAAAGUAUCCUCCACCAGCCACCAAGCGUCCUCCUGCCCCAGUCUCCAAGUCUUUGCCUAUCGAUAAAGCAACACCAAGUACAACUCACCCCUUGUUGCCUCCCGAAAGCAGCAGUCCACAAGAACUCGAACAACUCGACGAGAGCAACAACACGAUGUCCGACAUGUCCGAGCCUAAGGUAUAUAAUCCAGAAAACAAAGACCCAAUGCACACUUGGCCUUUCGUGGUAGUCAAGAUCAAAAGCUUGGAGGGUGUGGAUGAACAUCAAGGCGAGCUAUACGAAGGAAGACCGGAUAUUGUUGCAGAGACUUUGAAGAGGUUGAAAGAAAAUCGAAGCGCGAAAGUUGCUGAGAAUCGAAAACGGGGAGAUUCUACUCCCUCUAGCCAUGACAAGUCUCAAACCGC